UGAGCUCACACUGAACUCCGUCGUCGUCUAAAUUUCUCUGGUCCACACCCCCAACAUAAAAGAGUGACACGCACCUGACCAUGGUGUAAGAGAGAGAGUGGGAGAGAGAAAUUGGGGGGUGGGUCGUGUGUGUGUCAAGGUUUUCUCUCCUGCAGUGGAUAACCAGUUUUAAUCGUAAUAAUUAAUUCAGUGGGAAGUAAAAAAAAAUUUUGUGUGUGAAAAUGAGCAGCCGACAAAGGACGAAUUCUACGGAGCAGAGGGGGUCCAGUGAAACCACCCCCGCGGGCUCCACCUCUGGCGGCGGCGGCGGCGGAGGAGGAACACCCUCCGGUUUGGGAGGUAAGAUAACGACGGUAAUUGCAACCCCGGGAGCAGGACCAGAUCGUCCACAAGAGAUCCGCUACACGGACACGAAACCCAUUGGGAAUGGGAGUUUCGGGGUGGUUUACCAAGCUAAACUGUGCGACUCGGGGGAGCUCGUCGCUAUUAAGAAGGUUCUCCAGGACAAGAGGUUUAAGAACCGAGAACUGCAGAUAAUGCGACGCUUGGAGCACUGCAACAUUGUAAAAUUAAAGUACUUUUUCUACUCGAGUGGAGAGAAGAAAGACGAAGUAUAUCUGAACCUCGUAUUGGAGUACAUCCCGGAAACCGUCUACAAAGUAGCCCGUCACUAUUCCAAGAACAAGCAGACGAUCCCGGUCUCUUACAUAAAGCUGUACAUGUACCAGUUGUUCCGCUCCCUGGCGUACAUCCACUCCCUUGGAAUCUGUCACCGGGACAUCAAGCCCCAAAACCUCCUCCUCGACCCAUCCACUGGAAUUCUCAAACUCUGCGACUUUGGCUCCGCCAAACACCUCGUCCGGGGCGAACCCAAUGUCAGCUACAUUUGCUCACGAUACUAUCGUGCACCUGAACUCAUCUUUGGAGCCAUCGACUACACCACCAAAAUUGACGUCUGGUCAGCGGGCUGCGUCCUUGCCGAGUUGCUCUUGGGUCAGCCGAUAUUUCCGGGUGAUUCGGGUGUGGAUCAAUUGGUGGAGAUUAUCAAGGUUUUGGGGACACCCACGAGGGAGCAGAUUCGAGAAAUGAAUCCCAACUACACGGAAUUCAGAUUCCCUCAAAUCACGGCGCAUCCUUGGACGAAGGUAUUCCGCCCCCGCACUCCCCCGGAAGCGAUAGAGUUGGUGUCUCGCCUUCUGGAGUACACUCCAUCCUCGCGGAUCACUCCCUUGGAGGCUUGUGCACACAACUUCUUUGACGAACUCAGAGACCCCUCGACACGGCUCCCCAGCGGGAGGGAACUUCCUCCCUUGUUUAACUACACUGAUCAGGAGCUCACGAUCCAACCGCAUUUGAACCAAGUCCUGAUCCCUUCCCACUACUCCGCCUCCAACAUCGCCUCCAACAACACGACCUCCAACACCACCACCAACCAAUCCGGACAACAACCCUCACAACAACAACCAACUACAUCUCCAUCACCUGUAUCAACGAGCGUAGUAGCACAACAGCAACAACAAAUUAAUCAAGAAUCAACAUCUGAUCAUAGUCAAGAGAAUAACACUUCUCAAUAAGUUUAUCUCUCUCUCUUUUUUUUGUCCGUCUCUGCGUCGUCGAGUCUUUUUUAUCAUUAUUACAUUAGCACACACACACUUCUAAAUUUUACGUGUGGAGAGAGAGAGAGUUUUUAAUUUGCGCAAUAUUUCCGUGUGUGUAAAAAUGUCUGUCUGGUGAGUGUGUGGUAGGUGUUUAGAGAGAGAGAGUGAGUUUGGCUGUACAAAAAAAAAUGUGUCGCUUUGUUUGACUUUUAAGUAAAAAAAACAGGAUUUAAAAGAGAAAAAA